AUGACAAAUGAUUCAAUCACUAAGAGAGAAUAUCCUAGAGCAUUCACAAGCCCGUGCACGAUUGGCAUGCUCCAAUUUGCUAAAGCCUUGUGCCACCUAGGGGCAAGUAUCAACUUGAUUGCCUAUGUAAUAUACAAGCAAUUUGAUUUGGGUGAACCAAAGGCAACCACAAUGAGACUCUUCAUGGCUGAUCGAUCAAUCAAGCACCCAGUUGGAAUACUCUAUGACAUAUUAGUAAAAGUGGAUCGGUUCAUCUUUCCGGCUGAUUUUGUGAUUCUAGACUUUGAGAUCAAUGCUGAAAUUCCCAUUAUUUUGGGAGGGCCUUUCUUAGCUACAGGGAGAGCACUGGUGGAUGUUGAAAGAGGGAAAUUGAAGUUCUAUGUGAAUGAUGAUAAGGUGACCUUCAAUAUUUGUAAGUCCAUGAAGCAACCAAGUAACAUCCAUGUGGUGUCCACUGAGGAUGUCAUAUAUAAGGCAGUGGCAAGUGUGAGUCAUUUAAUGCGCAAGAAUGAUCCCCUUGAAUCUGUGCUUGCUAAUUAUGUUGAAUCUGAAGUUCAGGGUUACGAGGAAAUGGUAGUUGUUUUAUCAGGAUUAGGAGGAUAUUCAAGGAAUCCAAUCAAAUUGGAUAUCGAUCUGAAAAACAGAGAAAGUCCCCCUGCUAAACCAUCAACAGAAGAACCACCGAAUUUGGAGUUAAAAGUCCUACCCUCUCAUCUCAAAUAUACCUUCUUAGGAGCCAAUAAUACUCUACCGAUAAUUAUUGCCGCUAAUCUGCUUGAAAGGCAGGUGAAAUUGUUGAUUGAAGUACUGCAGAAGCAUAUAAAAGCUAUUGGAUGGACAAUAGCCGAUAUAGUAGGAAUUCCUCCUGGCAUCUGCACUCACAAAAUCUGGCUCGACAAGUAA